UAGGGAUCGCUGUCACGGCUGACAGGUCGCUCCCACCCGGUGUAGCCGUUAGCUCGGCGGUACUUUUUGCUGCUGCCUUGUCUUGGAAUGCUUUAGCGCCAGAGAGCGAAGCGAAAACUGAAAUGCGAGAACAAUAAAACUCCAAGUUGGCUUCGUUCAUAAAGGAAAACAACAACAGCCAAACCACUCCGGUUGGAGAGACAGAGGGAGAAGCUGAGUGAGAAGGGAAGAAGAGCAACAGAGCGACCAUGGACCACCAGCGGCAGAGGACUCUGUCCACUUCCGGAGAAUCGCUCUACGUUGUCCUCGGAGUCGACAAGAACGCCACAACAGAGGACAUCAAGAAAUGUUACAGAAAACUGGCGCUGAAAUUUCACCCCGACAAAAACCCGGACAACCCGGACGCGGCUGAAAAGUUUAAAGAAAUAAACAACGCUCACUCCAUCCUGGUGGAUCCCACCAAGAAGAACAUCUACGACAAAUACGGCUCCCUGGGCCUCUACGUGGCGGAGCAGUUCGGAGAGGAGAACGUCAACACCUACUUUGUUCUGUCCAGCUGGUGGGCCAAGGCUUUGUUUGCGUUCUGUUGCCUGGCAACAGGUUGCUACUGCUGCUGUUGCCUGUGCUGCUGCUGUAACUGUUGCUGCGGUAAAUGUAAACCCCGGCCGCCGAUGGACCAGGAGCCCGAGUUCUACGUGUCCCCUGAGGACCUGGAGGCCCAGAUGACUGCAGACGAGAGAGACGGCAGCGAUCCCAUCGUCAUGCAGCCGUCAUCGGCCACAGAAACCACCCAGCUCACCUCUGAAGCGCACCAAAGCUACAAAACCGACUCCUACUAGACACACACACACACACACACACACACACACGCACACACACACAGCAGAAAGAGGCUGCUAGGGCUGGGAGGUGCAUCCACUUUAAUUUAUGAUUAAUAUUUAUGUGAAACAUAAAAACACAUCAGUGUUGGGUGGAUUCAGCUGCACCAACUUUAACUCACUCGUCUUCCUAAAGACGCUGGAGCUUUUUGGACAAUUUUUGCUGCUCUAUCAGUUGAGCUUUCUGUUCAAAACUGCAUCAAACUGAACCUGCAGUUGAAACUAAUAAAUCUGUGUGGAAUGCAGAAUAAUUUUAAAAAUUUGCUGAAUCAACCCUAAAAGUUGACAAAAGUUGACCAUGUCUAGUUGCUCAACGGCGUUUUCAAAACGUUUAUUUUCUGCCUCUUUUGCUAAUUUGGACGCAUUGAACUGAACAUAAUGCUGUUUUUAUCUGAUCACAACAGAGAAACACCACCACAGCAUGAUGCUGCCAUCACCGUGCUUUACCGUGGCAAACAUACAUUUAACAGUUAUAUUAGUAACAGAUUAUUCUGACGAUUAAUCGAUAACUCAGAUU